AUGCUUCUUGCGGAGGUGAAUGCCUUGAAGGGUUUUCGUUCCGUUCUUUGCAGCGGAUGUCGAAGAUGGUUGCAUUUCAGCAGAAUAGCACUUUAUGAUGACUAUGGCAACAAAAAAUACUACGAUAUUGGCGAACACCCAUAUCAGCGAGCGUACGACAACGCGAUGCACGAUUUCAGGCGAAUGAAGCGGCGCUAUUUGCUCGCAAAAUACGACUACUACAAACGUAGAGGAAGGCUGACGUAUGCCUUGAAAAGUGUCAUUGACGAGGAACUGAUUCCGGUCGAGUGUACGUUCGCUAUAAUUGGCGGUGGUCUGGUUGGUUCUGCUGUCGCGUUUUGGAUAAAGGAGCGCUUGAGAGAUGAUGACAUGCGUUUGAUCGUCUUAGAAGCUGACAGUAAGUUUGCGGAAAGCACAACGGUUCUCUCCCCUGGUGGCAUUUGGCAGCAGUUUAGCGACCCGGUGCAGGUACAGAUGUCGUUGUUUACAGCUGAGUUUUUGCGCAACGCUGACGAACACCUGCGGAUACUGGACAACGACAUUCCUCCUUUUCGUUUCACUCCAAUGAACUCCUUAUUUCUGGCAAGCAACGAAGACACGGCAAAAGCGAUGGAAAAGCAUCACAAGAUGCAAAUAGUUUCAUAUGAAGCGUUGUUUAGAGAAACUGGUGCCUCCGUGCGUUUGCUUAACAAAGAAGAGCUGCAACUCCAGUUCCCGUUCAUGAAGUUCGACGAUAUCGUUUUAGGUUCUUUGGGACUUGAAAAUGGCGGUGUUUUUGACGGUUGGCAAGUACUUUCGGCAUUUCGCGAACGAAAUAUUUCUCUUGGUGUUCAAUACAUUAAGGCCAAAGUGACGGGUUUCAUAUACGAAUGGAACACCGAGUUCGACUUGCCUGAAUACCAACCGCCGGAAGAGCAAUGGCGUUAUAAAAGAAUAACGAGACUCAUAAUAGAACCGCAGAUGACAGACGCUGCCCCUCGACCGAUCAGUGCUACGUUUAUGGUAAACUGCGCUGGCGCAUGGGCUGGCGAAAUUUGCGACAUGGCUGGCUUUGGUAAAGGUUCCGGUCUUAUGUCCGUGCCAGUUCCAAUCAUGAAGAAGAAACGCUAUGCGUAUAUCGUACAUUGUCCGGAUGGACCAUCGUUAGACAUGCCAUAUUUGUUUGACUGCAGUCGAGUAUGGUGUCGAAGAGAAGGGUUCGGCAAUCUCUACAUGUGCGGCAAAAUUCCGACUGCAGAAGAAGACGCCACGAUCGAUCAUUCAAAUUUAGAUGUUGAUUAUGAUUAUUUUGAUGAACAUAUCUGGCCGAUGUUAGCUAAGAGGAUACCCGCAUUUGAAAAGUUGAAGAUGAAGAAUGCGUGGGCUUACUACACGGAUGAAAAUUAUUAUGAUGGCAGUCCAGUUAUUGGCGAUUACAUCGCGCAGCAGAAUUUCUUUAACAUUGCAGGUUUUUCUGGCUUAAGCCUGCAGCAUGCCAUUCCUGCUGCACGAGCGAUUUCUGAAAAACUGUUGGACGGCGCGUACAUGAACAUAGAUACUAGAGGUUUCAACUUGCACAGAAUGCUUAGGAAUAAACCAAAUGAAACUGACAAAUGUUAUAUAUAUUAA